CGGAGUAGUUUACACCACAUUUCCCAUUUCUCCUCCAUCCCUUUCACCUUGGAUGACUACUCACUUUACCCCCCAUCCACAAAGUAUGCUAUGGAAUUUAUUUCGUCACCUGCGACUAGCUUGUCUCGUCCCAUAACCUCUUGUUUGUCGUGUCGUAGUCGGAAGGUUAAAUGUGACCGCCGACAACCAUUAUGUUUGGUGUGCGAGAAAGGCAAUUAUGCCUGUUCUUACGUGUCGAAGCCUCAGUCGCCGGGGCUGGCCUCGGAAUCGAACCGGAUCACAAAAUCUAGUAGUGCCGCCAAGAUUUCUUCAUCCACGCUAGCCAGAAUCACCCCAAGUCUCCAGCGCCUUGGUAACUUCAUGGCACAAACGGGAGCAUAUGAAGUACCAGAGCAUAGUCUAUCAUCACUCAACUCUUUCAAACCCACAGGAUCGACGCCUGCGCCCCAUAAUGCGACUUACUCACAGCCGCAAUCGCAAGAAGAUGCACUGAUUCUCGAUAACGGAGUGCCCCACUUUGUUUCCGGCAAACACUGGGCCUGGAUGGCAGCAGAGCUCCAAGACAUUCAAUCGGUUCUCGCAGAAUCUCAAAAUUCUUCACCCGAACAGGCGCUCGAAGAUGUUAUUUGGGAUGCCGAUUCCCCUGCAUCUAGCGGGACUGCCUUCUGGCCCGAUACACAAGAGGAUUGCUAUUUACUGCUCAAUGUUUUCCUGGCCAAUGUUGACCCGAUUCACCGAAUUGUUCAUCGUCCGAGUUUGGCCCGUCGCUUUGACGCAUUUGUUCGAACUCAUUAUCUUCUAGAGAAUGAUCAUCACAACCACACCAUGACGGGAAGCGAUAGCAAUAUGGAUUCCCAUCGAAGUAAUAUGGACGCAUUUGAGCCGCUGGUUAUGUCUAUUUUCUAUGCGGCCGUCAACAGCAUGAAAGACACCGAAAUAGCCACUGUAUUCGGCGCAGAGAAGUCCUACCUUUUGCACCGAUACCGAAGAGGAACGGAAGUGUUUCUGAAACGGCAAAAAUUUAUGACCUCGAGGAUCUUUGAAGUUUUGCAAGCAUUUGUGAUUUUUCUGACCGCGCAAUAUCGGGAAGAUGAUAUGGGGAAGGUAUGGCCGUUGACUGGGCUGGCCAUUCGGAUGGCAACGGUGCAUGGACUCCAUAGAGACCCUUUGGCUCUACCGUUGGGGACAAUCGAUGUUGUACAGGUAGAGCUGCGUCGUCGCCUGUGGGCGCAGAUCUGCUACUUGGAUUUCCGCGCGGCAGAGGAUCAUGGGUUUGCGCCUUCGAUUCAUGAGUCGGACUUCGAUACACGUCGACCCGUCAGUUUGGAUGAUGUCGAUCUGAUUGAAGGGGUCACACCGUCAGCCGCACUCUCCGAUGUCCCCAAAUUCACCGAUAUGACCAUCUAUCUCCUGCGGAUCACUGCGGUCCAGUAUUACGGGCGCAUACUUCAGGUGACGCUUGCUUCGCGAAAGCGAUUGCGCACUAGCCUUCAUGGUCCUGUGGACGAGGCCGAAUCAUCAAGGGAGCUACAGGGCCUGUUUAAUACUGCUCAGUCCCUCGCCAAGGGUGAGUAUGCAAUCAAUGGCCUUGGAUUUGAGGGACCACUUAAAAUCCAAAUUCUGGGUCAUGUUCUGGAUUCAAAUUCCUCGACAAGAUCGCGACAAGGUCAUCAUUCCGGCCAUGAGAAGAAGCAUCAAACAUCAAGCAUAUUCGUGGACGCCGCCACGGCUGUAGAGAGCUGGUGUACUAUCGCCUCCAGCAAGGCCUGCGAGCCCUUCCGGUGGCAUAUAUUCUCCCAUGCCGGCUUCUACCUGAUUCUCUACGUACUAUCUGAACUUCGCAGUCCCGGGUUUCAAUCCCCGGAGUGGGCCGAUCUCCGCCAGCGAGGCCUUCAAUUAGCAAACGCCAUCUAUGAGAUUCGGGGUCAAUAUACCACGCGUGCAUGGCCCGCAAUCAUUUGGUUGGUGAAUCAUAUUCGAUUCCAGCAGGGUCUUAGUUCUGGUAUCAUUCACAGUCAACCUACUGGCACCGCCCCAGCUGAGAAUGAUCAUUCCAUAAUAAUGGAAUCUUCUGCUGUCACUCCGCACCCAGCGGAGAUAGGAUUUGAUACUGCGGAUUUCAUGGGAUUGGUGAAUGUGGAAGACUUCGAUUUUGGGGGUUCCCUGAGUGUUGGGAAAGGGUCCCUUGGAUGA